GCGCGCGCGCCGGUCCGCUCAUGCGGUUCUCAUAAUGACCGCAAAAAAGACCAUAGACUUGGACCAUAUACUAACAGAAGUGGGGGAGUUCGGUACAUAUCAAUUAAGGUUACUUUCCUUAGUUUUGGUCGCGAUUAUUUUCUCAGCAAUUUACAAUAGUCAGUAUAUUUUCGCUGUUUCCGAUUUACAAUACAGAUGUAUGGUGCCGCAAUGCGAGACGUGGCCGGCGGAUGUUACGCCGGGCACGUGGGGCGCCUGGGCGCUGACCGACGACAAAUGUCGCCGCAAGGAGCCCGUGGCAGACACUUGCAGCGCAAACAGCUUCCACCCCACGAACACACAGCGCUGCGACAAAUUUGUCUACGAGCAUAAUAACACCAUUGUUGCCGAGUUCAACCUUGGCUGCCAGGAAUGGAAGCGCACUAUGGUGGGCACCAUACACAGCGCUGGGGUAUUCGUCGCGCUUCCCCUAACAGCGUAUGUGUCUGACACAUUCGGUCGGCGCGUGGCGUUCAUAAUGACGGCGGUGUUUCCUGGCGUAGUAGGACUGGCGCGGUCCUUCACGCAGGACUAUAUAUCCUAUAUCAUUUUGGAGUUCCUAGACGCGGUGGUCGGCGCCGGAGUCUACUCCUCCGGCUUUGUUCUUGCUCUCGAGAUGGUAGGUAUAAACAGAAGAGUUCUUUGUGGCAAUAUAAUAUCGAGCACAUUCGCUGUGGGUCAGGCACUCAUAGCCCUCAUAGCCUGGGCAGUGCCUUACUGGCGAACAUUGACAAGAAUCAUGUACGCACCCUCUCCUUUCUUCAUAGUUUACUUUUUCCUCAUCGAGGAGAGCGUGCGAUGGUUGCUCACCAAAGGGAAGAAGAAGAGGGCGGCCAAAAUAAUAUUUAAAGCGGCCGAGGUCAACAAAAAGAAAUUAUCCCAAGAGACGAUUAGGUUGCUAACUGAAGAAACCCCGGUCGAAAUCAAACAGACAGAUUCAAGUAAUCCUAAUCCAGAAAAUUCCGAACCAGAAAAGAUGCCCGCAGAAAACUCAAAUCCAGAUAAGAAGGUUCCGGAGAAUCCCAAGCCUCCGUCGGUGGUGCUGCAAGUGCUCAAAUCCAGGGUGUUGAUGACCCGCUUGUGUAUAUGCGCCUUCUGGUGGGUGACGGUCACCUUCAUCUACUACGGUUUGUCAAUUAACUCCGUGUCGCUGGCCGGGAACAGCUACAUCAACUAUGUCUUGACCUCUCUCAUCGAGAUCCCCGGCUAUGCCCUCAGCGUGGUUACGUUGGAUCGAUUCGGGAGAAAGAAGUCAAUCAUAACGGCUUAUUUCAUCUGCGGGAUUUCGCUAUUUGCACUGCCUUUUAUUCCGAAGUCGAUGGUGUGGUUGCAAACGUCGCUGAACCUGUUCGGAAAGCUGUGCAUUAGCAUGGUGUUCAGCAGCAUCUACGUGUACACGGGCGAGCUGUACCCGACGGGGCUACGCCACCGUAUGCUGGCGGCGUGCUCCAUGACCGGUCGCAUCGGACAGAUGACUGCACCGCAGACGCCGCUAUUGAUGGCAUAUAUGGAGUCGCUGCCGUAUAUCUUGUUCGGGCUGAUGGCGGGUGCGUCGGGGUUAUUGAUGCUGCUUACGCCAGAGACUCUGCGGGUGGAGCUACCAGACACUAUCGAGCAGGCCGAAAGCAUCGCUCCCGCAAAGGAGCGACCCGUCCAACUCGACUGAUUAAUGUACCCUUGUUGUUAACUAAUGUUAAGUGGUAUUCCAUAGCUCAUAUAUGUCCCCACCGGGAGGAACCCGAACUACCCUAAGUUUUUAAGCCACUGCCAGAUAUUCAAAAAAUUGGUAGAACUGCAGAACUAGCAGCUAAAGGGGUAUAAUUUCUUAUGAAAGAAAUAAAGUAGCGUUGGUUUAGAAAUACCAUGCGAGGUUUUUUCACGUAGUUGCGGGAAGCAGAAAUGUUUAAGACAUUGGACUGUGGGUGCAAUUUGGAACUAUACCGUUUUAACCGUAACGUUUUACCGUAAGUGAUUGCAAAACUCGAGCGAAUACAAUUAUUGUACAAAUGUACUUAGUUAUUUAAGGUUACGUAUAUCUAUUGUAGACUUAUUAUGUUAAUAAAAUUUUGAUAAAGUACUGUAUUGUUGACAAGACGGAACAAAUUUCUAUUACAAUGCAAUUAUUAGUUUAUUUCUAAUAUACCAGUUUGUCAUAAAAUCAUAAAUAAAAGUAAGAAGUAUCAAGGAAACCUGAUUUUGCUUGGAUAUGAUUGUCAGGAAUGUUCACUACUUAAACGCCUAUUUAAAUUUACAAAGCAAUCAAACCUAUAAAGCGAACGGAUAUGAACAUUGCUCAAAGAUUUUUGGCAGGAUUUUUUUUUACUCUAAACUACGAAUAU